CUUUCAUUUGAAGUCAUGCAGAUAUUAACUACCCUACGUGAAAUAAUUAGGUAUGCUGAUGAACCGAGUAUCAUGAGGUACAUCAAGAUUGCAGCCACACUUCGUGACAAGACUGUCCGUGAUGUUGCUCUCAGGUGUCGGUGGAUGACGAAGGAGAAAAGUGGGAAAAGAAGGAAACCAGAAGAUCAUUACACAGGAAAGAAGAUGAAAGAUAGGAAGGAAAAGUUGGUGGAAUCUUCGUCAAAAGCUAGUUUACCUCCAGUUCCCCCACAAAACAUACCUGCUCAUCCUCUCAUGAUGCGUCAUAUGGACCGCGAUCGGAUACAUUGUUGUGAAGCCCUGGCCGUUGGCAGCAUAACCAACCAACUUUUGGAUGAGAAUGUUCAAGUAUUUCGUCAAAUUUCAGCUAAUCUUUUAAGAUUCAAGAUGCAGGAUAACAUAAAUCUCUUUGGUCACACAAGAAACAAUAUUACAGCCAUAUUGAAUGAUAUGAAGGAGAUGCCUGGGAUCAUGAGCCAGAUGCCACCGUUGCCUGUAGCAAUCAAUGAAGAACUGGCAAAUACCAUUCUACCAAGUAUAUCUGAGACCUCAAUGUUUGGCUCGACAAGAGGGAUCCAUCUGAAGCAAGAGCCGGGAUUUUGAUGGAGAAUAGCGGAGUGUAAGGUGCAGUCUACCUGGCCUGUGUGCACAAAGGAUGUGGUCCCACUCAUGUGAUAUUGGCUUAUAUGACCAUGAACAAACAAUCCAACCUUGGCACCUCUAAUCCUGACAUUGAUGUACUCAGUUAUUUUUCUUGAACUUAAUUUUCUUUAUCCCUAAAAAUAUUGAUCAUUAAAUUUUAUUUUAACUUUGUAUCUAAAUCCCUUGGAUUUGAAAAGUAAAAUAAAAUUUUCACAA